AUGUCAUUUCACAAGGAGCUUUUUAUUGAUGGACAGUAUGCGCCGUCGAGUACAGGAGCAACAAUGAGAAUUUUGAACCCAUACGAUAACUCCGUGGCGGUGGAAGACAUGCAUGUUGCUAGCGAGGCCGAUGUGGAGCGAGCAGUCCGAGCUGCUAAAGAUGCCUUUCCUUCCUGGAAAGAAACCCCCGCCACAGUUCGAGGAAACGCAAUGGUCAAAUUUGCGGAACUUCUUGAGGCAGACGCAGAAAAUCUCGCUCGCCUUGAAGCUAUCGCCAUGGGGCAGCCCAUUUCGAUAGCGAAGAGAAUGAUUCUUGCCUCAGCUGGAGUGUGGAGGUAUUAUGCUGGUUAUGCAGGGAAAGUUGCUGGCGAAGCAUACUCACCGGAAGGCGAUGGGACAUACAAGAUCGUCCAAUAUGAGCCACUGGGAGUCUGUGCCGGGAUUUGCGCGUGGAAUGCUUCCCAUAUCCUGUCGGCAUGGAAGAUUGCACCUGCCAUGGCUGCUGGAAACACCUUUGUCCUUAAAUCGAGCGAGAAGUCGCCGAUCUCUCUCGCACAGUACGGGGCUUUAAUCCAGCGUGCGGGCUUCCCUGCAGGUGUGAUUAAUAUUCUUACAGGAGAUGGAAAAAUCGGAGCGCUACUUUCCAGUCACAUGGAGAUUUCCAAAAUUGCCUUCACUGGAUCAACUGCUGCCGGGCGUGCGGUUCAGAUCGCGGCGGCCAACUCCAACCUCAAAAAGGUCACACUGGAGCUCGGAGGGAAAUCACCUGCGUUGGUGUUCGACGAUGCCGAUGUUCCAAACGCAGUUAUCCAUUGCUGCGACGGCUUUCUUCGAAACUCGGGACAGAUUUGCUUCGCCUCAUCCCGGGUUUUAGUGCACGCAAAUAUUGCCGUUAAAUUUAUGAAGAAGCUUCGGACGGCAUUUGAAGAGGCAGCCCAGAGAAUGGGAGAUCCACAGCUUCUUGGAACCGAUUUCGGUCCAUUGGCAGACCAACUACACUUCAACCAUGUCAUGGAACUCCUUCAUCAUGGCGAACAAGAAGGCCUCGAGGCGCUUGUCGGGGGUGAACAGCAGGGGACUAAAGGGUUGUUUGUCCAACCAACUGUGCUACUUGGACCCGACCGGAACAGUAAACUCUGGAAAGAAGAAAUAUUUGGUCCAGUCAUUGUCCUCAAAACAUUCAGAACUGAGGAAGAGGCUAUCGAGCUCGCAAAUGAUACACCAUAUGGUUUGGGUUCGAGCAUUUACACGUCGGAUAUUGGCCAGGCACUUCGUGUAGCGGGAAAAGUCCAGGCCGGAGCUGUUGGCAUCAACGGUGCAUUUGCUACGAGUCAACAUACCCCCUUUGGUGGUUGGAAGCAAAGUGGAUACGGUCGCGAACUAGGGCUUGAGGGCAUCAAGAACUACCUCCAGUCGAAGACCAUUCAUGUCAAUAUGAAUGUUACCAAGAGAUAGCUUAGAAGCUCCUUUGAAGAUGGAGUA